CAUGAAUUAAACUUUUACCAAAAUCAGGCCGAAAACAACAGAUUCAAAGAUUCGAAAUUCCUCUCAUCAUUAAUUGAUAUCUCAAUUGUUUCAAUAAAUCAAUUCUUAUUAUGAUUAAGAUGAGAAACAAAGGCCAAAAACUUAAACUAGAUAAAGAAAAAUGAUUCCUUUGAAUUAUUCAGCAUCCGAGACUUAUGACCCUACAGACAAUUUAGUAGAUAGAUUAUGUCCAUCUAUAUAAUAAGAUGCUAAAUUUGUUUUCAUUAAAACUAGAGAGAGAGCAUUGCGAUAACCAUCUUCAGGUUUAAGAAGAAAAAAAAAGAAUGAAGAACCUAAAUUUUAACUUAAUCCAAUAAAGAAAACCACCAUAAUUUAAGAAAUUACAGAAUAGCCUGCUCCACCUAAAAAGACUAUAGNNNNUGAGUAUAACAUAAAAACUAAAAUUUUAAAGUUAAUAUUGUAUUGUUAAAAUAAAAAUGUCAAAGAUGCUAGAUUUAUUUUAGAAGAAUAUAGAAGUUGUCUUAUCUACUCAAUAAUUUAAAAAAUAUUGAUUUUGUCUGUUUUACAAAUAUUAUUAAAAAAUCAUCCAAUCAUUGUUGUAAUUUUUUGGUCAUAUUUUUCCAUUUUAAUUGUCUUAAUCUUGAUGAAAAGGUCUAAUAUCAUUUUUUAGUUUGUUUAAAGAUUCUCAAAAUAGCUAUUGUACACUUACUUAAGCAAUAUAAAUCAAAAAAUAUUUACUUAAGGUAGAUAAUUUAAAUAAUGA